AACCCACUUCAGCAGGAUGCCAGGAUCACUCCCACUCGGCGGCUCCCCCUUUGCCCCGUGAGGCCGUGACUCGGCGACGGAGAAGACAAACCAUGACGCCUCCCGGCCAACUGCUCCCCUUGUCCCGGCUGCCUCCCGGCCUCUCCAGCCGCUGCCCGCCUCCCGCUCAUGCCCAAGCCAGAGUGUCGCUUCUGCAUCCAUGGGCCCACCGCCUCCAUGGCCGCUUCAUGCCUUCUCCUCAUCUGUUCCGGUCUCCAGCCUGCCCCCCUCGUGCUCCAACGCCUCCAGGGCUUUCGGCCGCCGCAGGAGGCGAGGCUCAGGCGGCUGCGGUGGCGGAGUUCGUGACGUCGGAGAGGGUCAAGGUGGCGGCGAUGCUGGGGCUAGCCCUCGCGCUCUGCAACGCCGACCGCGUCGUCAUGUCCGUCGCCAUCGUCCCUCUCUCGCAGGCGUACGGGUGGACCCCGUCAUUCGCCGGCGUCGUGCAGUCAUCCUUUCUUUGGGGAUAUCUGAUGUCGCCGAUAAUUGGUGGAGCACUUGUUGAUUACUACGGUGGAAAACGAGUCAUGGCUUACGGUGUAGCAUUAUGGUCCUUGGCUACGUUCCUGUCUCCAUGGGCAGCUGGUCGAUCUAUCUGGUUGUUUCUCUUUACCAGAGUCCUGCUGGGUAUUGCAGAAGGAGUGGCACUCCCAAGCAUGAACAACAUGGUGUUGAGGUGGUUUCCUCGCACAGAGAGAUCUAGUGCUGUGGGUAUUGCAAUGGCUGGCUUUCAGCUUGGCAAUACCAUUGGGUUACUUCUUUCCCCAAUUAUCAUGUCACGAACUGGAAUAUUUGGACCUUUUGUGAUAUUUGGAUUAUUUGGAUUUCUCUGGGUGUUGGUGUGGAUACCGGCUAUAUCUGGCACGCCAGGUGAACAUGCACAGAUAUCAGCAUAUGAACUGAAGUAUAUAACCAAAGGCCAGAAAUUGGUGAAACCACAAAUUGGAAGUGAAAAAACAAAAAAGGUUCCCCCUUUCAGUAAACUGCUUUCCAAAUGGCCAACAUGGGCUUUGAUUUGUGCAAACGCCAUGCAUAGCUGGGGUUAUUUUGUUAUCCUUUCAUGGAUGCCAGUCUAUUUCAAAACUAUAUAUCAUGUCAAUUUGAGAGAAGCAGCUUGGUUCAGUGCACUCCCUUGGGUGAUGAUGGCAGUUUUAGGCUAUGUGGCUGGUGUUGUAUCGGACAUGCUUAUUAGAAAUGGUACAGACAUUACUUUAACACGGAAGAUAAUGCAGUCAAUUGGCUUUCUGGGGCCAGGUAUUGCUUUGCUCUGUCUGAAUGCAGCAAAGAGUCCAAUCAUUGCUUCAGCCUGGCUUACAGUUGCUGUUGGAUUGAAAUCCUUCGGCCACUCAGGUUUCUUAGUAAAUCUACAGGAGAUUGCCCCACAAUAUGCUGGAGUCCUACAUGGAAUGUCAAAUACAGCUGGGACAUUUGCUGCCAUUCUAGGAACUAUUGGAGCAGGGUUUUUUGUUGAUAGGAUGGGUUCUUUCCGUGGAUUUUUGAUAUUGACGUCGCUCUUAUACUUCAGCAGUGCUCUUUUCUGGGACAUCUUUGCUACUGGAGAGCGUGUUGAUUUUGAUGGCACUGGCUAGCAACUCAGAGGAACUCUGCGGUUUUCUGUCCUUAAAACACAUAAUGUUGAUUCAGGACAGUGUUUUUACCGCCAACCAUCAAGAAGUUAUUUGCACCUGAAGAUAAACAACUUCAGUUACGACUGUACAGUAUUGGGUUCAACUUUUUAAAGCACGCAGUGAGUUUAUCUUGGAUGUCGAGUAUCAGUGAUAGAUAAACACACGCUGUGAGUUUAUCUUGGAAGUUGAAUAUCAGUGAUGGAUAAACACAUGGAACUGUCUUUAUAGAUCGUUUUAGAUUUUCUUGGAGGGAUAGUCCCUGACGAUGUAACAUGGAAUAAACAACGGGCAGGAUGCCAACCAUUAAUGGCGCCGAAAGUAGUACAUAACUGAAACUGAUUUGCAGGGUAGUUAGGAAAUUGGAAUCCCAACCAUUAAGGGAGUAUGGGUUUGAAAAACAUGUGAAUCUGGUGUACAUGCUACGGAAAGUUGUGCCCUCGUUGGCUCGUUAUAA